AUGUCUCUGGAAGCCGUCGUCGACGUUGUCCGCGUUGUGCGCGAGACCCGGGCCGGUAGCGCCAGUGCGGCGCUCUCGUCUCUGACGUUUUCAAGUGGAACGGGGCAGCGGCUGGGUCUGCACGCAACGGACGUUGUUGCGCGAAACCCGAGGACGGCGGGCCGAGUUCUCGAAGCCGCGGCCAGCGACGCUAUAUGCGUCCAUCUCCAGCGAAUCCCGAAAGAAGCGAUCCAGUCGUCGUGCUCCAUCGCGCCGUCUUGUCUAAUGACUUUGACUCCAAAGCCAUCCUUGGCACGAACUGGGGCCCAUCCUGCCCACUCACCUUCCCUUUCGUCUCUCCUGCCCUCAUCGCGGCCCCGGACGACCGCGGCCUGCUCAAAACGAGUCCACAAUACUCUGGGCGAAACAACUUCAAGUUCUUGGGAGUUCUGGGGUCAAAUCUCACGAAGGUCACCAUCGGGGCGGUCGACUGGCGCUAAACUCGCUGCGCGCAACGCGCGCCACUGUCUCUUCAUUCCGGUGGACUUUCCGGCGAUCUGCUUGCUGUAUCCAGGCCACGACUUUGGCCCAAGCUUGGUCGCUUCGCCCGGAAGUCGCCUCGGGCCACGUUCUUCAAGUCCGGGGUGUCUCCAGAGACUGAUCGCAGCUGUCUCGGCACGUCUCCGCGGUCUGCAACAGUCUACGGAUGACAUCUUCGCCGCCAGUGUGGCGCGCGUUGUGCGCGAGAUCGGUGAGCAGCAACCGCAUCUUUUCCUUGUUCUGGUUGGAAUUUCCAACGCAAGCGAACAGGGAAACGGGUGGGUCUGCGCACACCGGACGCUGUUGCGCGAAAACCCGAGGACGGCGGGCCGGGUCCUUGUUCGUUCCGCCUGGGAUUCUCAGGGCAGAGAGCACGAAUAUCUCCCUCCGCCUUCUCAAAAUAUCAAGCGGAACGGGCCAGCGACUGGCUCUGCGCGGCCCGGCCGGCGUUUUCAGAAGGAAGCCGCGGCCCGGCCAGCCUCGUUUGCAAAUGACCGCGGGAAGCAACGCUAUGUGCGCACAUCUCCAGCGAAUCCCAAGCGAAACGGUCCACUGGCAGUCGCCAUCUUGCAUCGCGCCAUCUCGUCUCGACACCUUCUCCCGAAUCUCGAUCUUGUUCAUCCUGGGCGCUCGAUCACGCUGGCGCGCGGCUGCGUUAUGUGCAUGCGGUGCCCGAAUCCCGCAGCCGGCUGCCGGCCUUCCGCUGCACUUCGUCGGCCCAAACGGCACGAGGGGCUGGGGGAGACAUACUGCUUCCCCCAGCACGCAUCUCGCACUGAUCCACCGCCGGUAUCCCUCGAUGCGCUACUGGAGCAGGAGCCAACUUGA